UAAAAGGAAAAUGUAAUGCCGGAGUGUAUGCAUCUGCACUAUCGUAUGGUGGCUACCGCCCAGAUCAGUUGGUGGUCAAAGUUCUGCGGCAGGUACUAAUCCGCGAUCGAAUUGACGAUAAGGCGUACGGGGAAGCCAUGGCGCUGAAACUCGCUGGGCUAUAUGUUACCUCUGGGAAAGAAGUAUUGACAAGGCGGAAUUGCUUUGGUUUCACGUUGUCAACGUCCCGUCCUGCUAUUAUCAUGAAAAAAGUAGAGGGUAUGCCAGUGGUGAAGACUUCGACAUGGAUCCGCGCGAACAAUGCAACAAGGAAUAAAAUGGUGAAUGACAUCAAGAAGCGUAUCAAAGUCCAAUUGAUGGACCUUGCACUUUCACACAGAAUUCUUUAUAAUGAUUUUAAUUUUGGAAAUAUCCACGUAGUUUUGGACAACAAUGGAACUUUGAAGGAGGCGAAACUCCUUGAUUAUGGCUAUCCUGGGCUGAUUGCUAUCGAUCCGACAACGAAAAAGGAGGUCCUUGAAGAUUAUUUCGAGCGGCGUUGGGCUUGGGGGUGGCCCCGCUAUAAAGAAAAUUGAUAGAUAUCUACUGUAUCUUUAUCCAUUGGCGUUUCCACAUCU